AAAUGACCUUCGCGACCACAAUGCAAGGAUGAAUUCUGAUUCCUGAACGCUAAUCCCACACAUCCUACCAUUUCCGACUGCACCUGAACGCGUCACAGACCCCUCAUCCUCUACAUCACAGUGACGUCCUGUGCGGAUAAAUAGACAGAUAGAUGCCCUUACAGUUAAAAUCACUGGUCUGUAGCUAAUAGCCCAAACAUUUGCUUUAUGUGAACGAGUCGUAUCGACGCCUGGGAGCAGCGGCAGCAGCAUGCAGCGGAGCGCAGUGGUCGUGGUGGCGGAUAAAACGAGCCUGAAAAGGCCGUUUAUUUUUGCAAAUGCUGUCCAUAUGGCGCUGUGCUUCUUCAUGCUGACGAUGACAGUAGCCUGGCACAGAGACCUCAUACAGACUGGCAAACUGGUAUCCAGUGUGUCUGUAGUGUUAAUGUACGUCAUAGAGAUCGGCUGCCUGCUGCUGUCAGUGCUCGGUGUGUUCGGAGCCUGCAAAGGAAAGAGAUGGUGUUUGAUUCUGUAUGCUACCGGGAUGGCAGCAGCCAGUCAGACAAUAAUCGUCAGAACAGCGCUAAGUUACCAGGAUAUUUAUGAGAAACGUGUUGUUCGGGAGGAGUCCAAGCUGUUGGCCUUGAUGCCACUCAGUGGAACAAGCAAAGCCAACAGGACCCUGCUGUAUAGUAUUCAAGAAGAAUUUGAGUGCUGUGGUCUUAUUGAGGGCUACAAAGACUGGGGCUCUUUCAUCCCUGCCUCCUGCAACUGUCAGUAUCCAGGAAAAUGUAUUCGACUACGGGGCAGCGCUACACUCGGGGCUCCAAAGAACCAGUAUGUUUAUCAAGAGCCUUGCCUACCGAUUUACGUUUCCGAACUAAAGCUGGCAUUCUCACUGGCGAUGGGUAUACAGUUUGGAAGUGGAGUGUUUUGGAUGGUUUUACUUGUUAUGAGCAUCAAGCUGAUGGGCCAGAUAAAAAGGAAACAGGAGUUCAUGGCUCUUCUCCAAUCAAACAGAUACGUUCCCGGAGCCUUCUGAUCACCCAGUACAUUGUAAUACUUAGAAAUUAUUAUCCAGCAUACCUUGUUUGAAUUUGCACAUGUAAACGCAUUAUGCUGUAUACCAUAACCUGGCUAUUUUGUGCUAUAGCUACAUAUGUUAAAUUAUGAUUUUCUAAGUGUUAAUGCAUGUAACUGAUGUUGAAAAGUAAUCUACAUGCAUAGAUCAAAUUCAGAUUUUUUUUUACUGCUGUACAACAAUGCAGUUUAAUGACAUUAAGUAAUCCUUAGUAAUCAUCACAUUUUCUCGUGCCCUGAAUGAAUAUCUUACCGAGCAUUAACCAGCCAUCUGAUUUUCUGGCGUUGUGUUACCUACAGUAAGUGUCGUCUUACCUGGAUAAUAUUCUGAUACCAUUUAUCUCCACUGCCUUCACACCUGGACACAUCGGUGAGUCUUUGCAAAGGCAGAUAUUAAUCCAGUCACAUCUACCUAACAAUCGCAGACACAUGCACAAAACACAUUCUGUUUGUCAACCGGACCAACUUCUUUAAAUCAUGCAUAUUCAAAUAUUUAUACUUGUCCUAAGCACACACAUUGAAUUUUGAGCAUUAGAGCAACUAAUAAUCUUUGAACAAAUAAUAAUAUGAAUAACCUUUAUGUAGCAUCUUUCUUAAACAGUGUUUACAAAGUGCUUUGAAAUGUUUAUUAUCGAGCAAUGUAUUUUCUUGGGUAAAUAAUCAGGUUAGACAGAGGAAUGAGUUAAAGCUCUCAUUGGGAUAUUAGAAUGUCUUGAUGCCUUGUUAUGCACAUUGUAUAUCUGAAACUUUAUCACUUCAUUCAGUUCUUAAAGCACACGUAGCGAGUAAAUGAUCCGCGAUCAUUAGGAGGAGGAGGGGAUUCUGUUUGGUUGCACGUUCAGUAGACAUGCUGGUAAAUCCUCAAAUUCUAUUUUUCGCCUCCAAAAAUUUAAUUUCAAAGUUUGGAGAAACGUUUGGUUGCAGUCAGGCUGUGAGAGGCUCCUGUAGGAAAAUGCAUCAUCAAUAUUCUUGCAGAGAUUGUACUGUCCUAACCGAUGCCACUCUCACCGAAGAAGCCUUUUUACGCCAUCACUUCAGAUAUGACUCGCUGCAUGAGCUGCCUGCAGUUGAAACGUCAAAUGAUUUUCAUCUGAAACAGCAGAUCCAACGUCUACCUGUGCACUUUAACCAUUAAUGCCUAAUAUACAUGUUCUGUAAAGUAUGGUAUUUUUAUUUCUGUCAUACACUGUUUUUUAAUUUAUGGAAUGAAGUUAUGUAAUAUUUUGUAAAUAGCAGGAAUAAAUGAUGUGAUUCUUGUUC